CAUUCAUGGUUAUUUGUGCAUUCAUUCACCAUCAUUAUCGAGGGGUUCUACCACUGCCCUUGUUCUCCAAAUUAUUCCCACAUCAUACAAGCAUGCUCCUGCUGAUUCGUAGUCCUCACUGGCACCGGGGCUCCUAUCAAUAUCAUACGCACAACAUGUGGAGUUUCUGUUGUCAUUUUUAAAGUGAUGUCAUGAGCUAAGUUGACUGUUCCCUCCCAACAUUCUUGGGACGCUCAAGUUUUUCCCUUGUGAGUGUUCUCUUUAGGGUCUGUUGUGUGUGCUCGCGCGUAGAGUUUUCUUUAAAUCCAAUUUUUCUAGCACUAACCCAGUUGAAUAUGAGAGCCGAAAGCUCAAUGAGACCGAAAGUCGUGGUCUAUCUUUCCUUCUUUUUGGAAUUGGUAUUGAUGGUGGUUUGCCUCACAGCUCUGCCUCCUAUUCCUUUCUGAUCUCUCUUGAAGUUUGAGUGGUGGGUUCAUCAUUUAGUAUCACCAUGAAUCUGGUUUGGCGUGUGUCAGUUUUCGUUCUUUGUAUUGGAGCAUUCACAGCAGGGGCUUUGAGACCUAAUGUCGUGAAAGUUGGAGCUAUUUUCACAUUUAGCACUAUCAAUGGGAAGGUAGCAAGGAUUGCCAUGAAGGCUGCCGAGGAGGAUGUAAAUUCUGAUCCGACCAAUCUAGGUGGAAGUAAAUUGUCUAUAAUCAUGCAUGAUUCCAACUUCAGCGGAUUUCUUAGCAUCAUUGGAGCAUUAAAGUACAUGGAGACUGAUACUGUAGCUAUAAUCGGUCCACAAAAUGCUGUAAUGGCUCAUGUACUCUCACAUAUUGCAAAUGAACUCCAUGUCCCGUUGUUGUCAUUCACAGCAUUGGACCCUACCCUAUCGCCUCUGCAAUACCCUUACUUUGUUCAAACAGCACCCAAUGAUCAAUUCCAGAUGAAUGCGAUUGCAGAUAUGAUCAGUUAUUUUGGUUGGGGAGAGGUUAUUGCAGUUUAUAGUGAUGAUGAUCAGAGCCGAAAUGGGGUUAUUGCUUUAGGUGAUAAACUUGCAGAAAGACGCUGCAAAAUUUCUUACAAAGCUGCACUUCCCCCUGACCCCACAGCAACACGAAGUGAGGUUAAGGAUCAACUAGUGAAGCUACAAAUGAUGGAAGCUCGAGUAAUUAUUCUACAUACCUUCUCCAAAACGGGUCUCUUGGUUGUUGAUGAGGCCCGGAAUCUUGGAAUGAUGGACACUGGGUAUGUUUGGAUAGCUACUACUUGGUUAUCCACUGUUUUGGACUCAACUUUACCACUUUCUUCCAAAACUGCAGACUCUAUCCAAGGAGCCCUGACACUUCGUCCACACACCCCUGAUUCAGAAAGGAAAAGGGCUUUUAUGUCACGGUGGCACAAGCUGAGUAAUGGUUCUAUCGGGUUGAAUCCUUAUGGUCUAUAUGCCUAUGAUACUGUUUGGAUGCUUACUCGUGCAAUGAAGUUGUUUCUUGAUCAAGGGGGUAACAUGUCAUUCUCUAACAGUGCACGUUUAAGUCAUUUUGGGAGAGGGGCUUUGAAUCUUAGUGCAUUGAGCAUUUUUGAUGGGGGCAAGCAAUUGCUUAACAACAUAUUGCAGCUCAAUGUGACAGGGGUGACAGGAACUAUCCAAUUUAAUCCUGAUAGAUCUCCUUUUCGUCCUUCAUAUGAUAUCCUUAACGUGAUUAAAACUGGUUAUAGAACUAUUGGAUACUGGUCUAAUUAUUCGGGGUUAUCUGUUGUGACCCCGGAGACGCUUUAUGCAAGACCACCCAACCGUUCAAGUUCAAGCCAGCAGUUAAGCAGUGUGGUAUGGCCUGGAGGAGCAACAAAGAAGCCUCGUGGGUGGGUUAUUCCAAAUAAUGGAAGGCAAUUGAGAAUUGGAAUUCCAAACCGAGUUAGUUACCGGGACUUUGUGUCGCGAUCGGGAGUAAAUGGUACUGAUAAAGUUCAAGGAUAUUGCAUAGACAUAUUCCUUGCUGCCAUAAACCUGCUUCCUUAUGAAGUUCCACAUAAGUUCAUUCCAUUCGGAGAUGGGCAUAAGAAUCCCAGCUAUAAUGAGCUUGUAAAUAUGGUCACAGCCAAUGUUUUUGAUGCUGCUGUAGGAGAUAUUACAAUUGUCACAAACAGAACAAAGAUUGUAGAUUUUACUCAGCCAUAUAUAGAGUCGGGACUAGUUGUGGUGGUCCCAGUCAAGAAGUUAAAGUCAAGAGCUUGGGCAUUCUUACGACCGUUUACUCCUUUCAUGUGGGCUGUCACAGCAGCUUUUUUCCUUCUUGUUGGAACUGUUGUUUGGAUUCUUGAACAUAGAAUAAACGAUGAAUUCCGAGGGCCUCCUAAAAAACAGCUUAUCACAAUUUUGUGGUUUAGCUUCUCUACUAUGUUUUUUUCACCUAGAGAAAAUACAGUGAGUACACUAGGUCGGUUUGUGCUUAUCAUCUGGUUUUUUGUAGUUCUGAUAGUCAACUCAAGCUAUACAGCAAGCCUGACAUCAAUCCUCACAGUGCAACAGCUUUCUUCCCCCAUCAUGGGAAUUGAUACCUUGGUGACCAGCAAUGAGCCUAUAGGAUUCCAGGAAGGAUCUUUUGUAGAAAAUUAUUUGUCCGAUGAACUCAACAUCCCAAGAUCUAGACUAAUUGCUCUUGGCUCACCAGAAGAAUAUGCUGAUGCACUCGAGCGACGAAUUGUUGCUGCUGUGGUUGAUGAACGGCCAUAUAUAGAACUCUUCCUGUCAGACCAUUGCAGGUUCUCAAUUAGAGGCCAAGAGUUCACCAAAAGCGGCUGGGGAUUUGCGUUUCCAAGAGGCUCCCCUAUAGUAGUCGACAUGUCUACCGCCAUACUGGCUCUAUCUGAGAAUGGUGAUCUUCAGAAGAUCCAUGACAAGUGGCUAUUGAGAAAGGCUUGUGCUUCACAGGCAACAGGGCUUGUAUCAGAUCAGUUUCAUUUACAAAGCUUCUUGGGGCUAUUUCUCAUCUGUGGGAUAUCCUGUUUUCUUGCUCUGCUACUUAACUUCUGCUUGAUGAUGCGCCAGUUCACCCGUCAUAUCCCUGAAGAAACUGAUCCUCAAACCGCCGGUGGUACCAGCACACGUUCUGGGCGCCUCCAGACAUUCUUAUCAUUUGCAGACGAGAAGGAAGGUGUGUGGAAGAGCAAGUCAAAGAGAAAACGCACGGACGGGUCACCAAAUGGUUAUUGGAAUGAAGAGAAUUGAAAUGCACCCUUCCCGUGAAAGACUCGAGUCAAGUACCGAUGAGACUCAGCUUCAUUAUCUCUCUCUCUCUCUCUCCCUUGAACCUUUCUACAGUUUUGAGAGAUAACAAUGCACUUAAAUUGUAUUAUAUUUCAUAUUAAGAUUUAUAUUAUCUAUAUUAUAUUAAAGUUUAUAAUAUUGUAUUUAUCUCUCCUAAUUAUAGAAAAUAUGUACAAAAAUAAUUCAAAAAUCUCAACUCAGUUAGAACUAUAGUUUUGUUUUUC